AUGGCUCCCGCUCGGCGUCACAGAAUCGGAGCGAGUCGACGACGAAGAGAAGAUGAUGGUGAAGAUGAGGGCUCUACGGUGGGACACAUUGAGGAAGAUGAUGAUUCGAUGAGUGAUGGAUCGCUACCGAGUCAUUUGGGCGACGACGACGAUGCCGAUGGCGAGGGGAGCGAUCUCAGUGAAGACGAGAGCUCGGUGACGCAACAUGGCGGUGCAACGAGAAAUGGACAUGUUCAUGCUGGUGGUGGAGGGAAGACCGGCGGUGGUGGGGUGUCCUCUGGGGAGAAACUGGAUGUUCCGUUCAAACCGACAUUAACCGCGACAGUGUCCGAUACGGAAGCGAUGCUGAAGGGGCUCAAGUUGUCUGGUUCACCUGGACAGGAGAUGGAGGAGAUAGAGUUCGACAAUUUGCCCAAGGCUGAACAUAAGAUCGGGAGGCCACCGUCAGCGCCACCCUUGGAAUCGAGACGAGAAACAUUUGCUGAGCGGAAACGACGAGAGCAUGAGGAAUAUAUCAAGGCUAGGGAUGAGAAUCCAGCGUUUGUUCCAACAAGAGGAGGAUUUUUCUUACACGAUAAGAGAUCUACGGACGGGUCAUCCAAUGGCCAUCGAUCACAUGCCAAUAGAUCAAAGUCAAGGCCAUACGGGCUUAUAGUAGAUGGCAAUGUUGGGAGACGCCAAAAACCCGACGCCAGUGACGGACAAUGGACUCAUGACUUGCACGAUACAGUCGUCCGCGAUGAUAAACCUACGUUUACACCACCUUCACACCCCCUUCAAAACAAUGCAAGUGCAGGAUUUACAAAUGGUUCAGCAACAGUGACUGUUGCACCUCGCUCUACACCGCCCAACCGCUCCUUCUCGACGACACUAUUAAUCGGGAAUGUUCCCGUACGAGUAUUUUUGCCUGGAAUGGAAGCUGCGAUCCCCUUCGCCGCCGUCCCGAAACGUCAGUAUACACGAUUGCCGCAACAUCGUCCUCCCUUGAGACGGGAUAAACCGGUUCGUAUUUCGUUACCUGGUUCACCCCCCAAAUAUAUUCUACCAGCACCCGAGCGGUCAUUCAUAUUCAUACCUCGUGCACUUCGGCCGAAUCAACAAUCUUUCAGGGGACGGGGACGAGGCGGCGGAUACUACGCUGGUCGGCGACCAAGCUUCUAUCACCCAGGUUCAGCAUACUCACCCAGUAUAUCGAUGAGUCGUAGGUCGUCCUUACGGGAGGGCAUGCAUUCACCGGCGGCCUCUGUGCUCUCGAGACAAAAUGUGGCGGUAGGUGAGAGUAAACCGAUCGUUCGUCUUCCACCAUCAGUUCGUCCACCUGGUGUUAUGGUUCCCGGCGGGCCAAUCGUGUCAACAAUUCCUGUUCUACCACCAGCCAAUACAGCUUAUAGGGAAACCCGCGGUGGACCGAUGACUAUGCAUCAGCCUCGACCACAGAAGACCGUCUCGUUGGCCGAUAUCGAGAGUCCAGCAAGCUUCAACUUCAACCCUCCUCAACCACAACAAGAACAACCAUUCCAUCAACAAGUUCCCGUGGUUAUGGCCGCUCCGGGCUAUGGAUCGGAUGGAACAUAUAUACAUGGACGUCAUCCAUCCCAUCCUAGCCAACCGUCUGGGACACCUCUUUCUCACAUUCCCGAGCGUGCUAUUCACGCGGCACCUUUCCAACCUUAUGGACAGCCUACAUAUUAUCCUGCAGGUUAUCCUACGUACUAUGUACCGAGUAACGAGUACCCGCAUUAUACACCUCCCACUGUUAAUAACGGUAUGGCCUAUGGACCUCCUCCGCCUCAUCCUGCACAACUACCACCAGGCCCUCAAGCAGGGGGGCAACAAUAUAUGCUCCACGCAGCGCCCCCUCCUCCACCCUCCGCACCUCCACAUACGACAGUCGAACAACAAGCUCCUCACACAGGCACCGUGGCUCAUGAAGCCAACGGCACGGUGUAUUUCUACGAUGCCCAGGACCUCUACCAUCCUAAUGCAGCAUACAAUGCAACCGGCGGCGUUGUAGGAAUGGGAGGCAUGAUGACACCACCAGGCAUGACGUAUUAUUAUCCACAGUCUUCGGGAGUUUAUUACCCUUCUCAAUGAUGUUGAAACGUUUCGAAAAAGUUUUUUUCGGUGUUCUGUCUCCAUGUCUCAUAGCGUUUCUUUCUAUCUCUUUUCUUUCGGCCAUGUCUUACUGGUUUUACUAUUGUCUGUUCAUGAUGAGCGACCUCGAUUAUAACUUAUCGAACACUAUUCAUAUUCUAGUUUUAUCUCAGCAUAGCCCAUUAACCUGCGCGUUCUGGUUCUGAUUUUCGUGUUGUUGUAUCGGAUUCGAUUUCUUCUAAAUUUCGUGUUCGGUCAAUUAUCUAGCCCGUUCUUACGCUAUCAUAUAUCAUUAUUUCAUUAUUCUUAGUAUUUCAUAUGCAUCAAUAUCAGGAUUUCUUCUGCAUGUCUUUUUUUUUCCCCUUCUCUUAGUUCUGUCCGUGCAAUUCAGUUCCGUAUUAUUAGAUUACUUUGCGUUUUUCAUCCCUUUUUCCUGCUCUAUCGAGAAGA